AUGCCGUCAUCAGCAACCGAGGUAGUGGAGCUAUCUGUACAUGAUAGUAAUGAGGGUCUGCCUAUGGAUACUAAUCGUGACCUUGAAGAGUGCCUCCAAUCAGUGACGAAGAGUGGCUCAUCUACCUACUCCUCAUCUGAGAAGGAAAUGGAUGAUUUGAAGCCCGGUGAGUGUAAGGAGGAAGAAAAGGAGAGUCUUGAGGAUUGGAAGCUUCUCCUUAUGUUCAUGAUACUGGGUUUCAUUGCUUUGGCUCCAUGGAACUUUGUCCUCACUGAGCUAGUGUACUUGAAUGAUAAGUUCGAGCAUCAGUUCAGCUCAAACGUCUCCAUCUACUACGGUCUGUCUGUCAAUGUGGCUGAACUGUUACUCAUCUUUAUUGGUAACAAGUUCGCUUUUGCUCCCCGUAUGGAUUUUGGAUGUAUACUGCUUGCCUCGUUCAAUAUUGCCCUGGCCCUUGUAGCUAUGUUCAUUGGUAAUGAUGAUCCUCUUGAAAACCCUGGUCUCGGUUUUGGUCUUGGGUUGGUGUGCACCUUUAUGCUUGGUUUUGGUCACUCUUUUAUUGAGUCGUGUGCCUUUGGUUUGGCAGCACUUGGCUCUCAGGCUUGCAUGAAUUGGGGUAUGAUUGGUGAAGGUGUUGCUGGUCUCAUUGGAUGGCCUAUUAAUAUCUUGAUCAACUACAUCCUUAUAUCAUGUGGAGUUGAGCGUUAUGCUGAAUGGAGAUGCUUUAUAUUCUUCCUAGUCACCACUGUCUUAACCAUUCUCUGUAUCCCAAUGUUCCAUUAUGGUAUGAUGAAGCAUCCCUACAUGAAACAGGUUAUGGAGAUGGAAGCUAAGCGUAAGGCUGGUGGACUCAAGCAGCGACAGACCAAGAGACCGGUCUACAGGAUCCUUAUGGAUAUCGCUGUCCCUGCAUUUGUGGUUUGGUGUGCUCUUACUAUUACCUUUGUUGUCUUCCCAUCCCAAGUUACUCAGUUUACUAGUGGUAAGGGUGCGGCUGAUAACGCAUCCUUUAUUCCUCUUCUUACCUAUAUGUAUCAGAUAUUCGAUACUGUUGGUCGGUUUGCACCUAAUAUUGGUAUCCGUCUUCCUCAGUGGUGGCUUGUUGCCUUAGCUCUUAGUCGUGGUAUCUUUAUCCCACUAUUCAUAUGCAUCAAGUUAUUCCCUUGGAAUAUGGCAUUCCAACAUAACUACUUCAAACAUAUCAUGAUGGCAAUAUUUGCCUUCACCAAUGGUGUUACCAGUACUCUGGGUAUGAUGAUGGGUCCUACCAAGGUUCCUGAUGAUCGGAAUGAACAAGAGAUUGCUGGCUAUGCCAUGAGUUUCUGCCUUAUCGAUGGUAUCCUUAUUGGAAGUAUCUUCGGUAUAUGGGUUACUGAUAUGUUGCCUAUGCCUCCAUCAUAGUAAUGCUGAUGAGGUUAUUCUACUGUUGGUCUGAUCGACCAGACUUACUACUAUAGUAAUGCUAUGUAUAUGUUCACUUUCUUUAGUUACAUCAUCAUUAUUGAAUAUGAUGGCCCACGCUGAUUCGUGUAUUGCCAUCCUUUACUCUUGUCUCCUUUACUUCCCCAUAAUCGUCUGUAUUGCAGGAUCGGCGUAUUGCCGUUCUUGCUUUGGCAGUAUUCGCUCUUAUUGUUGAACUCCUCAUUAGCCGUUGUUGUUGUUGCCCCUGUGGCAUUCACGGAGUAGUAUAUGGUGCACUGUUACAUUGGUAAUUCGAUGACUAUCAGUGCUGACCUAAGCAACAACAAUAGCACAGAUGAAGAACUCAAGCUCAACAAAGUGAACCAUAUUGUCUGCUCUCGUAUCUUAUACACCAAUGGUGUCCUUUCUCCUAUUCUUCCAUCUCGGCUACCGAUUUAUGUACUUCGCAUAAAUUAUCGGUUCUCUAUCUCACCUAUCUAUUAGCUAAGUCUCCAGUGAAGAUCGGGGACAGCUAUAUCUAGUGGUAGCUCUACGCUGUCGUUACGGUUACUGGUUUGUGCUGAUAGUCCGCACUCUCAAGUCACGUGACGAUCGACCAAUUGUCUACCAAGGUGUUGAUGGUUUGUGUAUAUUGUUCCACCCGAGAACUUUUUUGAACAACUAGUCUGUGUUCGAAAUAA